GUGACGUCGAAGUCCUGAUCCCCACGCUUUCUUCGUUACUUACGGAGCACUCUCGACAGCUAUACCGGUAUCUCGGCAUCAAAUAAAUCAAACUUUAAUUCUUCAACUUCAAUCUCAUUUCCUUGGUUCCUCUCUUUGCCUGACCAGAAAUAUUGUCCGGUCUAUAGGAACUCGCCACCCAGGGUCAUAAAAUUGGACACUAUCUUAUCGCCACGUGAUCCUGCGGGGCGAAUUAAGUGGAAAAGUGACCAUCUCCCGGACCUUUUGACCACACGCUCAUUUUACCCCACGAUCACCAACGCCUUCGCGCCUACAGCCAUGGACGCCAUUAAAGAGACCUUUGCCAAGUGCAAGGAGCAACGGCGCGCCGCUCUGGUUGCCUAUAUCACUGCUGGAUACCCCACCACUGAAGAGGCCGUUGAUAUCCUGCUUGGAUUGGAGAAUGGAGGUGCUGAUAUUAUUGAACUCGGUAUUCCUUUCACAGACCCCAUUGCAGAUGGCCCCACCAUUCAAAAGGCCAAUACAAAGGCCCUCCAGAACGGAGUUACCGUCACCACAGUUCUUGAGCUCGUCCGCACUGCUCGGAGCCGGGGCUUGAAGGCCCCUAUUAUGCUGAUGGGUUAUUAUAACCCAGUGCUGAGUUAUGGUGAGGAGCGUAUGCUCCAAGAUUGCAAGAAGGCCGGUGUCAAUGGCUUCAUCAUGGUGGAUUUGCCACCAGAGGAGGCCGUACGCUUCCGUGACCUCUGCGCCAGCGCUGGUCUAUCCUACGUCCCUCUGAUCGCCCCCGCAACCUCCGAGUCCCGCAUGAAGCUUUUGUGCAAGAUCGCCGACUCCUUCAUCUACGUCGUUUCCCGUAUGGGUGUCACUGGAGCUACCGGCACACUGAGCGCCAACAUUCCCGAGCUCUUGAAGCGCGUUCACGAAUAUUCUGGCAACGUUCCCGCCGCUGUUGGAUUCGGCGUUAGCACUCGCGAGCACUUCCUGGCCGUUCAGGACACCGCCGAGGGUGUCGUCAUCGGCAGUCAGAUCAUCACUGUUGUUGGUAAUGCUCCUGCAGGCCAGGCCGCCAAGGCUGCUGAAGAGUACCUCUCCAGCGUUACUGGUCGUAGGCGCGAGCGUGAUACACAGGGUUCCCUGACCCAUGAGGUCAAAAUCAUUGACGCUGUGCAAAAGGCCCUGCCCGAUGCCGAGUCUGCUCCUACCAUGGUCAUCACCGAGGCUGAUACCCCUGCCGGUCCUGGCCUGGGAGAUCAAUUGGAGGCCCUGAACGUUACUCACGACCCCUCUGCACAGCCAUCCCGCUUCGGCGAGUUCGGUGGUCAGUAUGUGCCCGAAUCACUUAUGGACUGCUUGGCAGAGCUCGAGAAGGGCUUCGAUUUAGCCCGCAAUGACCCUACAUUCUGGGAAGAGUUCCGCUCCUACUAUCCUUAUAUGGGCCGCCCCAGCAGCCUUCACCUGGCCCAGCGCCUGACUGACCAUGUUGGUGGUGCCAACAUCUGGUUGAAGCGUGAGGAUCUUAACCACACCGGUAGUCACAAGAUCAACAACGCUCUGGGUCAAAUUCUUAUUGCUCGCCGCCUGGGUAAGACCCAAAUCAUUGCCGAGACUGGUGCUGGACAGCACGGUGUCGCUACUGCUACCGUUUGCGCCAAGUUUGGUAUGAAGUGUACCGUCUACAUGGGUGCCGAGGACGUCCGUCGCCAGGCCCUCAACGUCUUCCGUAUGAAGCUGCUCGGUGCUUCCGUUGUUGCCGUUGAUGCUGGCAGCCGUACUCUCCGUGAUGCCGUUAACGAGGCUCUCCGCGCCUGGGUUGUUGAGCUCGACACUACCCAUUACAUCAUCGGUUCCGCUAUCGGCCCUCACCCAUUCCCCACUAUCGUCCGUACUUUCCAGUCUGUGAUCGGCGAAGAGACCAAGCAGCAGAUGAAGGAGGCAAUCGGCAAGCUUCCCGACGCAGUUGUUGCUUGCGUCGGCGGCGGCAGUAACGCCGUCGGUAUGUUCUACCCCUUCUCCAACGACCACAGCGUCAAGCUCGUCGGUGUUGAGGCGGGUGGUGAUGGCGUCGAUACUCUCCGCCACUCCGCUACCUUGUCUGGUGGCACCAAGGGUGUCCUCCACGGUGUCCGCACCUAUGUCCUCCAGGACGAGCAUGGCCAGAUCUCCGAGACUCACUCCAUUUCCGCCGGUCUGGACUACCCGGGUGUGGGCCCCGAGCUGAGCGCCUGGAAGGACGCUGACCGUGCCACUUUCAUCGCUGCCGACGACAGCCAGGCUCUUGCUGGCUUCCGCGCCCUCGCCCAGCACGAGGGUAUCAUCCCUGCUUUGGAAUCUUCGCACGCCGUCUGGGGCUGCAUGCAGAUUGCCAAGACCAUGGAGAAGGGCCAGAACAUUGUUCUGAACCUGAGCGGCCGUGGCGACAAGGAUGUCCAGAGCGUUGCCGAUGAGCUCCCCCGUCUUGGCCCCAAGAUCGGCUGGGACCUGCGUUUCUAAGCGGCGCAUUCCUCCUCCAUAUUCCCCCUGAAUUUCCAGGGCCACUGUACCCUCGGUGCUUCAUUUACAUGAGGCCAGGCAGGUAUACGGGCUCUAUGUCUCAUGUUUUUCUUUUGAUGUUUCUUUGAUGAUGUUUGAAGACUCUUUCUAGAUGAUUUGCACGCACGGGGGUUUUAAAAAGCGUGUAUUAUGAUUUCUCUCUCCCUCUCGAUUUUUUUUUUGGGAUAUCAAAACUUUUGUACAUACUGGGUUCUAAAAUAAACGGUUGAUAUUCUCAUG